AUUUUCUGGUUUAACAAGUUACCAGGAAAGCAAUGGGUGCUCCCAGGGAAACUCUGACCCUGUGACGUAAGAUGUCAUUUAAUUCAGAAUUUGGCUGAACUAUCCUGACGGUACUGACCUCACUUGAGCACUUAGCCCUUCAUAACCCUACUGUUUCUAGCCGAAAACUCACUCUGGGUGCCAGCUCUGGGGUCCAGGCAGUAGUCUUACGUGAGGCUAGAACGGGAUUUGUGCGACGCUGAAGCCCCUUGUUGGCCACGUUACUGCCUCUUCUGUGCGUUGGGGUCGCCAAGAAUUCCCACUGGUUGUGGCUGUUCCCUGAGCUCCGGUGAGGCUGAGGUAAUUUCACACGCCCGAAAUGGGACACAAAGUGGUCGUAUUCGACAUUUCUGUCGUCAGAGCCUUGUGGGAAACUCGUGUCAAGAAGCACAAAGCCUGGCAGAAGAAGGAGGCAGAAAGGCUUGAGAAAAGCGCUUUGGAAAAGAUAAAGGAAGAGUGGAAUUUCGUGGCCGAGUGCAGGAGGAAAGGCAUCCCCCAGGCUGUGUACUGCAAGAAUGGCUUCGUAGACACCAGCGUGAGGCUUCUGGAAAAGAUCGAAAGGAACUCUCUCACCAGGCAGAGUUUGCUUUCCAAGGAGAGAGACAAACGGAGCAGUGCGUUUGUGUUUGAACUUUCGGGGGAGCAGUGGACGGAGCUCCCGGAUUCGUUGGAGGAGCAGACACACCUAAAAGAAUGGCACAUCAGCAAUACCCUGAUUCAAAUCAUUCCUACCUAUAUCGAGCUGUUUCAAGCGAUGAGAAUUCUGGAUCUGCCAAAAAACCAAAUCUCCCAUCUUCCGGCUGAAAUUGGUCGUUUGAAGAACCUGAGAGAACUCAAUGUGAGUUUCAACCAUCUGAAGAGCAUCCCUCCGGAGCUGGGGGACUGCGAAAAUCUCGAGAAACUGGAUUGUUCUGGAAAUCUGGAAUUAACUGAGCUCCCCUUUGAAUUAAGUAACUUGAAGCAAGUGACAUUCGUAGAUAUCGCGGCAAACAAGUUUGCCAGUGUCCCGAUCUGUGUCCUGAGGAUGUCGAAUUUGCAGUGGUUGGAUAUCAGCAACAAUAGCCUGACCGACCUGCCCCAAGAUAUAGACAGGCUAGAAGAGCUGCAGACCUUUAUCUUGUAUAAGAACAAACUGACCUACCUUCCGUACGCCUUGCUUAACCUAAAGAAGCUGGCCUUGUUAGUCGUCAGUGGGGACCAUUUGGUGGAGCUCCCCACGGCCCUGUGUGACUCGUCCACACCUUUAAAAUUUGUAAGCCUUAUGGACAAUCCUAUUGAUAAUACCCAGUGUGAAGACGGUGUGGAAGUGAUGGAAAGUGAACAAGAUCGUCAACACUUUGAUAAAGAAUUUUUGAAAGCCUAUAUUGAAGAUCUUAAAGAAAGAGAAUCUGUUCCCAGCUAUACCACCAAAGUAUCUUUCAGUCUUCAGCUUUAAUAGCAUCCAUCAGAAGACUGCAGAAUCUCCCUGUCCCGUGGAGCCAGCAAUCUUCGUGUUGUGGAAUAACGGUUUGUGCGUAAGGACAAAGUCUAGACACCACGGUCAUAGUUAGGAAAAAUGGUUUUCAAAUUUCACAUUUGUGGAUACUUCUCUCUGGGGGCUGGAGAGUUGAUCAACGGGUUUAUAGAAGUAAUAUGUAAGGGUUCAUUGGCAUAUACUUAUUUCCAAACAAUCCACCUUUAAUAUUUUAGAAAAUGCGUUUGUUUUAAAAAUUAUAACUCAAAGACCAAAUUAGGAAGUUGAUCGCACUGAUUUUAAGAAUCCAGGAAUAAAGAAAGGGGUGGUAAAAAGAACAUUUGUAUUGGGUUAGUCAAAUGAGAUUUUAUUUUAUUUACCUUUAUUUUUUUAUUAAAAUUUUUUUUAAACUUUUUAUUUAUUUUUGAGAGACAGAGAGAGAGAGUGUGCAAA